CGCGCGCGUAGCGCGCGCCUGUGUUGUUCUAGUCUAUAAUAAAAAAAUCCAUGGAGACGCGAGAAGUUGUUGUUUGGAGUCGAAUAUCUCGCACGUAGUGUUGCCGCUUUUCCGCGUGCGUGAUUGGCCGGUCGAAGCCGGGUGAUCGAGAUCGCGGCGAGUUCCGCGAAUUUCGUGCGUGUGCGUCGUGUGAUGUGACCGAUGUGACAGCUCGUGUGUGUGGUGUCGCGAGGUUAGUGGGGUUAAUAUUUUCUCUAUGCAUAUAGAUAAAAUAUCAAAUAUGCUCAGCAAAGUCCAACCCUACGGCCGUGCAUCGUAAACCACGUGCUGAGCGGGCAACAUUUUUUAUAAAUGGCUAACGGGGCAAUGGCAAACCCACUUGGAAUGGACAAAUAUCUGGAGGAUUAUACAAUAACGACUAUCCAAGUUGGAGUGGCGUGUCUAUAGCAUUAAUCAGGAGGGACGUGCAGCUGUGGACAUCUAAAAGUUACUGACACUGUACAGUGAAUGACAUACAUCCCAGUUGUAUCAAUAAUAAAAUUGUGAAAGAAGGCAGAUGUACAAAUGGUCCCUGUUUUCACGCCGAUCAAAUAGACGAAUUGAGAAUUGCACACAGCCUGGAACUUAUGAUUUUUUCUCAAACAGCGGCAUAUCCGUCAUCUUUACAUUCUUAGGUGUAUCAACGUUGUUUUGUGCUAGCGAAUGGCAGGAGCCAAGAGCUUCUCUGAGAUACGUAAUAUUAGUGCCAAACGUAAGAAAGAACCAACUGGAGGUGAAAAAUCAAUUGGGGCACCUGAUACGCGCAGUGGAUUUUCCAUCUAAUAGCAGGGUCAUGAUUUACUGUGCAUCUGAUAGUUAUUAUAUGUUGAUUUGCGUACAUCACAGUUACGAUUUAGUGCUAAAGUUCGAUUCUGACUUUUUGAGAAGCGCAUUUAUAAAAGCAUUUGAAAAAUUUAUAUCAGAAAUCUCAACGUCCAGGGAUGCACACUUAGUGCAAAUGAUAACUAAUACCACGCAUGCGGCACUACUUAAGCAAGCGAUAAUCAAGAAGCACCGUCAAAAAAAAUUAGAAAUGUUUUUCUGUGUUGUAUUUGCGCAGGUAUUCCAUAUCGCGCAUACGGAAGAAGUUUGCAGAUAUUUCAUUUAGUGGACAAGGAUAGAAACGACUUCAUAUCGUUUCGGGAGUUUGUUAAUAUGUUGGUGAUAUUUCUGAAGGGUUCUGCUGAGGAGAAGAUGAAGUUGAUGUUUGACAUGUACGACAUCAAUGGUACGGGAAGACUGAAGGGAGAAGAGUUCUCAAAUAUGUUAAGGUUGUACACCUUAUCAAUCGUCUAAUUCUAAAUAACACUUUCAUCUGCUGCAUCUGCUGCAUACGUGCUACUGAUAUUACAGUAGUACCUACGUUAUUGUUGAACAUAUAUACAUGUACGUAGAUCAUUUAUGGAGAUCGUCAACGCUGACGUCACGGACGAUGAGCUGGAAGCUUUGGUGCAAUCCAUGAUGUAUCACGCUGACUUGGCGAAUAAAGAGACGAUAAAUUUACAAGACUUUCAGUAGAUACUAAGUGACUUUAAUGAUAAAUUUAAUUACGCGGAAUUGGAUUUCAAUGUGCCUAUGGACGGGAAAAGCAACAGGAAACUUCACGCGGGCGUGAAGACAGUUAGAUCGACGUUUAUUGGCGAGGUACAAAAGACGGUGGAGAAUCUGUAUGCUGAUCCAAGCGAAUUGCAAUCCAGAGGCAAAGUUAAAAGCGUUGAACGAGAUGCGAAGGAAGAGAAAAGUAAUAGCGAAAUUAUCGACAAGGACGAAAAAAUUGUCGAAGAAAUGAAGAGACACUCGGACGAUUAUUGGUAUCCUAUAAUGAAGUACCUUGCUAAUAAACGACUGCAGAUAUUCUGGGCAUGUUUAUACACUUUGUUCCUGCUUGGGAGUUUUACGGAACGAGUAUAUUAAACGAGAGGUGCAGUGUCAGCUAUGAUGUUUACUUAUUCUACGUUAUCAUGAUGAUGGCGAAAAUGACUUGUUCAAUUCUAACAUUCUUCUCAACUUUAGGAUUCGAUAUCGAGUUUUUUUUCUACAUUUUGCAAAAACACAUGGCGAUUGAUGCAAUAUAUAACAAAACAGCUGUCAUUUUAUCUGAAUAUUUGUAUAGCAGCCAAAAAACUGAGAUAUCUCCCAACUUGCUUGUUUCAGAUACAUUUGUAUUGAUUGUAAUUUGUGCAUAAUUUAAGAAUAAAACAUUUCUAUACA